CCAAGAUGUCAUCUGAUGCCUGUACCAGCCCUCAGUAAUAUCUGGGCUGGUUGGAGGGGAGUGACUGUGAUGUCAUGUGAGAGCUGGGUUGAGCCCCGUCAGCACGGAGAAGAGCCAGGUACUGGACAGAGACAGGACACACAGCAUGUCCGUGGAGGCUCACAGCAGACGAUGGACGACCAGGGCCAAUCAGACGAGGAGGAGAAGAGCAGUCCGCUGAAUGCUGGGGUCGAGGUCAUGGUGCUGCAACAUGUGAAUGAAGCUGGAAUGGAGAAGGAGAAGAACAAGGAGACACAGAGGAGGAGGCGGGUCACUCACAGAGUAAAACAUACAGAUGGAGCCCUGCCAGUGAGUGUCUCAUUUGUUGAGAGGGACAGAGACAAGCGGCCUGAAGAUCCAAGGGGCCCUGGACCCUUCUUCUACUUUGGGGGAAGCAACGGGGCCUCCAUAGUUGUAUCAUAUUGUGAGAGCCGAGGCUGGCAGCGCAUAUAUGACAAGACCAGGACGGACUACAAGCUGAAGUGGUGUGAAACUAAAUCACCUGCUGCCUACUACAGCUUCAGAGCAGGUGAUCUGUUUUAUGUCAGGUUCACAGCAAUCAUGAAAAAAGCAUUCUACAUUUUGUCUGUUUAUUUUCGUACAGGUGGCCAGUUGAUUUACCAGAUGCCCAAUAAUAAGGUCCUGACAACUAAGAUAGGCCUUCUGAACAGCCUGCGGGAGUAUGACAGAGUCAGCAGCAAGGUCAACUAUGGACGUGGAAACAGGAGAAUGAGGCUGGAGGAUUUUUUUCCUGUCACUUUUCGUAUGGAUAUGAAAGAUGAGAGAGAGGCUUUCUUUAAUGGAAUAUGCAAUGAUAAAUCCAGCAUGUGGAUCUGCAAACCCACAGGCCUUAACCAAGGCCGUGGUAUUUUUCUACUGCGGACACCAGAAGACAUAACUGCAUUCAGAGAACGACUGCAGAACACAAUAGAGCAGCAGUCCAACGGGAAGUCACCUUUUAAUUUGCCACAAGCUCGGAUUGUUCAACAGUACAUCCAGAACCCUUUGCUACUAAAAGGCCGGAAAUUUGAUGUGCGGUCGUAUUUUCUAAUUGCUUGCACCUCCCCAUACAUGCUGUUUUUUCGUCAUGGUUAUAUCCGAUUGACAUGUAACCUUUACGAUCCAAACUCGGACAAUAUCACAGCCCACCUGACCAAUCAAUACAUGCAGAAGAAAAAUCCUCUCUACAGCCUGCUAAAAGAGGAGACCGUUUGGUCCAUGGAUCGCUUCAAUACAUACAUUAAUGAGACGUACAUGCUGCCGAAGGGUCUGCCUAAAGAUUGGGCUCUGGGUCCUUUUGCAAAAAGGAUGCAACAUAUUAUCAUGCAGUGCUUUCAAGCUGUCAAAGCCAAGCUGGACUGCAAACUUGGUUACUUUGACCUAAUUGGUUGUGACUUCUUGAUUGAUGAGGAUUUCAAGGUCUGGUUGCUCGAGAUGAAUUGUAACCCUGCCCUGCAUACUAACUGUGAAGUUCUGAAAGAUGUGAUCCCACCGACAGUUACCGAGGCACUUGACGUUACUUUGGAAAUCUUCAAUAAGUCUUGCUGUGGACAGAAACUGCUGCCGCUAAACAGUCAAAGAGAUUUUCUAUUGCUGUACAGUGGUGAGACUGUGGCCAUAACCAAACAGAGACACAAAACCACCGGGCUUUUCUCAACCCUUCAUCCGAAGAGCAGCUCCACCCACAUUAACGCCAAUAAAACUCUAGCCAACGCAACACAAAUAGGGAAAUCAACCAAUAGGGCUAGCAAAUAUUCUGAAACUCAAGCCAAAUGUCUAGGCCCUUCCACCGUCGUCCUCUCUUCUUCUGCUUUGUCCAAUACCAUCCCAUCUCAACAGACUGUGGAGUUACCAGUGAAAGCACCUUCACCUAUAUUCCAGAAGCCUCUGAUAUCCAAAGCUCAAGAAACAAAUCAGCCUCGACCACACCAGUCCAAACCCCUGCGUUCUCGUGUUGAGCUGCAGCUUAGCAAGUGCUCCUGGCAACAUCCUGUAGUGAUAUCUAACCUCAACGUGCCGCCACAACCGGUAAGAAGUGCUAUCAGGUCAUUGUCUACACCAGCCCUGAGCAAAGGCUCAAACACCACACAAAGACUUGGAGUUCAAGGCCGCCAGACAGACAAAAUGGAGCACAUGAGCUGCAACCUAAAAACAUCCAAGAUUCAUUUGGCUGAGCCAUACUCCCUCCACACUGUGGGGACAGAAAUGAAAGAGAACAAAGAAAAGGAACAGGAAGAGGAUGGAUGAUUGAUGGCAAAUAUAGUCCAAUUGUUAUUAUAAGGGAUUGUUCUCAGAAUGAUGAGAAUUUGCUUCUGCUUAUGAAUAAUGAUGUUCCUCAUCAACAGAAGCAUUAUGUCCAUUCAAAUGGAUGCUCCUUCAAAGUUUUAAUUUUUUUAACGUUUAAAUUUUUUGAAGUUUAACUUGACUUCAAAAAAAUUAUUUGUAUGUUUAUUAGUAAAAA